CGUCAUGGUAAGGGGUGAGAUCAACUUCACGCUGAACCUCUCCUACGGGGACGCAAUCUUCCUCCAGGACAGCGGGGGAAACAACACCGCGCUGCAGAACGCGUUAUACAUGCAGUACGUGGUCAACGGCAUAAUCCUCCCGAUUCUCUCCGUGUUCGGAGUCUUUGGGAACAUUCUGACAAUGGUCGUACUCUGGCGACGGGAGAUGCAUUCGACUACCAUUUUGUUCCUGCGGGCUCUCGUGUUAACGGAUACCGGAAUCAUUGUAGUAGUCGCGCUAACUUUGACCCCGUUUACUUUGUCUUUCUUUCACCCAGGGCUGUGGUAUUUUAAAGAUGUGAUAUACCCCAAUGUAUUUACCCCAGUGACGUAUAUUGUGAUGGUCAUCCAGCAGUGCAAUGUGUGGAUAACUGUGUCGGUCAGUGUGGAGCGAUAUAUCUCUAUCUAUCAUCCAUUCAAAGCAGCCAAAAUAUGCACAAAGCGAAGGACAUGGAUUAUUCUGUUCGCGAUAUGUGGAAUUUCAAUCAUUUACAACAUUCCAAGAAUUUUUGCGAACAGGUCUAAAUCCCCGUGUUCCCCUACAGACGACAGAGAAUGCUACAUGCUUGUGGAAACUACAUUUGGCAAAACGACAUUUUACAACAAAGUGUACAUGGUAUGGAUGUACGCUGCUUUAAUUUACAUUAUUCCACUGAUUCUUCUAGCGAUCUUAAACUGUUUGAUUAUCAUAAAAUUAAUGCGCAUGCGUGCAAGGAGAAUCGGCACAAAUAUUCAAGAUGACAAUGAGGCAAAUCUUAGUCUCAUUUUGGUUUUAAUCGUGAUAGUCUUCAUUUGUUGCCAGACUCCGGGACUAUUCUCACAGUUUGACUUUCUCUUCGAUCCCAUUGUAUUUAUUCAGUGGAUAGCGUUUGGGAACACUUUGUUUGUGACAAACUCGUCCGUGAACCUCCUGAUCUACAUGGCCGUCGGGCGGCGGUUCCGCAAGGUGUUACUCAAAAUGUUUAAGAAAAUUUUCGGACAAUCUGUAUUCUCGCGCUCAAGGAACUCUGGAUCAAGCUCCGACCACGAGCUUUUGGAGACAUUAAGAUCUACUGUUCAUUACAGAGACUCGGAAAAGACGCAAGUGAACGACAUACACAAACUCGAGAAAAUCAGACUUACUUCUUAAUAUGGUGUGAUCUUUUAUCCGCACAAGCGUCUCGUGAUUGUGACUUACCUGUUUAUCUUAUUAUUAUUGUGAUUCAUUAAUCAGUUGUUUUAUUACGUUAAAUUGUUAAAGGAUGUUUAUAUGUAUAAAGUUUCAUUGACAAAACGGUUCUUUAAGUUGAUAUAGUUAAGUCUUGUCCUUCAAGGUAUGAUAAUGAAAUGAGAAAUUCCUUACAUUAGAAUUUCAAAUUCACUGUUGCAUUAUUUAUAUUUUAAGUAUUUUAGUCUGGGCCGUGUGAUGGCAUUAGUAGGAAUUCUGAAUACAAUUCAUACUUCGAAAUGUAUAAGUUGUUGGCGUAAAUUAAUUUAUUAGAUAUGCUCCAUUCACAGUUCUCUGGGUGCACCUUCACGCGGCAUGAAUUAUGCAAUGGUUUCCCCCGGAUAUUUCAUCACACAUCAGAAACAAAUAUAUGGAAUACCCUCUAGAUAAAAAAAAAAUCAAGUACAUUUGUAUUACUCAUUCGAACACCUCGUUUUAUCACGAAGGACCCGCAGCCAAAUCCGACUAUUUUAAAGUAACUACUGUUCAAUAUUAUCGCAAGGUAGUCUUUAUGUGAUCGCAGGUCUCCAAACAAAAAACGAAAGACCUGUCGCAAGACCGACACCGGUGAUAGCUCUGGUGCUCAUCUUGUUACAACAAUAAGGUAAUGUAUACCAAAAGAAAGUCAUUAAUGCAUGUUUAAUUAGGUAAUUAGUAGUUUUCUUAGAAAUAGAAUCAUUUUUCCCCAUUUUUAGAUAGAUAAUUUUUAUAUAUAGAAUUUUUACACUUCGAAACAAUGCGAUACCCUGAAUAAUUUAAGGAACUGGAUGCAAGCUGACUUUGUGGUUUGAUGCGAUCAUUUUCAAACUUACUACAUUCACUUAUUAAACUAUGAAAUCAACAGUAACAUUUUGACACUCCCAUAUAUAUUUAAUAUCAUUCACUCUUCAUCAUCAAAAGGUAGAAAUAUACGAUAAAGAGGCGACGACCAUCGAUCCUCAUUAAGAAAAUCAUCGAUUUGUUGUUCUGUGUAGCUUGCAGAGAGGUAUUUCAAAAAACGGUGUCAGUAAAGGUGAAGUACGCCGCUCGCCAGGUAUUCAAAGUUUAUGGGGAAAGUCCUUGUAUCGUUUUAUCUGAUAUAUUUAAAUUUGAGGCAUAACCCAUUUUUACCAUUUUAACAUAUACAAAUAUAUGUAUAUAUGUAUAACAUACUUCAAUACUAGGUAAACUUUGUACGCUCUCAGUCUAACAUGUACGGUGUAUUUUAGGAACAAGGAAUGUUUUUAGCACAAUUCAGAUACAGAAGCCCUUAAUCAAAGAUUCCAAAUUAUUGGAAACGAGUCAGUAUAAAAUAUAGACAUACGAUGAUCAAACGCAAAACUAUUUUAUAUCAAAUAUUAUCAAUGCUAGAAAUCUUGAACUUGUCACUACUGCGUAAAACAGAAUUCUGAUAUCAAUUUCAAUUUAUAAGUGUCUUAUAUCUGAAUCAGUGAGGAUAUAAUUUGGGUCCCUAACCCUUUAAAUUUUUAUUCUGAAGAAAGGAUUUGAGACAUUUCUUUUUUAACUUAAUUGCGGGUGCUGAUCAAUUUUUGCCCAAAGAAAGAUUUUUUUCUCCUGAGAUACUAUUAUUUGGAUAACAAU